UAUCAUCGCUCGUACCUUCUACCAUACAUCUCCCGAUAGACAUUCUAGAAGCCCUAGUUCCCUCCUCCGACCACGUUAAUUAAAUCCUAUUACCCAUCAAGCAAGCGAGACUUAACUUUACGACUUACAGCUUCCAUCGGCCUUACCUCCCCUCCAACUACCGUACCGCGGCUCACGCACCAAACUUCCUCCCCCUUCACCUAUCUGACAAACUUAACGGAUCCGACCAAGAACCUUAAACGGACACACAUAUCCAACCUCUCUCUCAAAGAGGAUACCAAAUAAGUAAAUAAAUAAGAAACGUCCCUUACGAAACUCACCCAUUCUGGCGUCGACAUUGGUUAGCUGUUGGAAGUCAUGGGGAAUAGUAGUGGAAAGCCUGUUGUCUUCACAGAAGAGGUGAACCUCAAUCACUUCCGGUUACUGCGGGUUGUGGGGAAAGGGGCGUUUGGGAAGGUUAGGAUUGUCGAGAGGAGGGAUACAGGCUUGACAUUCGCCCUUAAGUAUAUACGGAAAGAUGAAGUUGUUCGAUCGGAGAGUGUUCGGAAUAUAAUACGGGAGAGGCGAAUGUUGGAGCAAUUGAAUCACCCUUUCCUUUGCAAUCUCCGUUAUAGUUUCCAAGAUAUCGAGUAUCUGUAUCUGGUUGUUGAUUUGAUGAAUGGCGGGGAUUUGCGGUUCCACAUUUCCCGGAAGACGUUCACGGAGGAAGCUGUGAGAUUUUGGAUCUCAGAACUGGCGUGUGCUCUCCUUUACAUUCAUGGAAGGGGUAUUGUUCACCGUGAUGUUAAGCCUGAUAAUAUAUUACUCGACUCCGAUGGGCAUGUGCAUUUGGCCGAUUUCAAUGUCGCUUCCGAUAUUCAUCCGGAUCGUCCAUUGUCCAGUAAGUCUGGUACGCUUGCAUAUCUGGCUCCAGAGGUUUAUAGUGGGAAUGGAUACGAUACUGGUGUUGAUUGGUGGUCAUUGGGUGUUGUAUUUUAUGAGUGCAUUUAUGGAAAGCGACCAUUUACUUCGGAUACGCAUGAAACUCUUGGCAAGGAGAUCAUGAAGGCUUCUCCAAAGUACGCCGUCACAAAACCACCAGUCACCAGAGAUUGUAUGGACGCAAUCCGAAGCCUACUGCAGCCGGAUGUGACUAAACGGAUUGGGGCAACUGGCUUCAACACUUUCACAAGCCAUCCUUUCUUUGCAGAUAUCGAUUUCGACGCAUUAGAGAGGAAGGAGUAUGAUCCUGUGUUCAAGCCUUCCACUGAGAAGACCAAUUUUGACGCUACAUAUGACCUUGAGGAACUGCUACUGGAAGAGGCGCCAUUAGAGGCUCGAGCUAGAAGACAGAGACCUCGAGAGAGGUUAAAGGAUGAUGCUACGGCUCAGGAGAUCAGGCAAGAAGAAUUGCACAGAAUGAUAGAAACACUCUUUGAGCCAUUCGAUUAUACUACGGCUGGAUUUGACAGCCCGACUAAGGGUGGUAGACAUCCUGGGACGGUGGAUCCUGCUUCUAAAUCUGCCGGUGAACCUCUUGACUGGUCCCAAAAGUCGUUAGUGGGUUCUCCUGCGUCUGGAUCUCCCCCUAUUCCAUCAUGCACGGAUCUUCCUAAAGUGUGUCCACCACCUCGUUCGAUGCCACCUACGGUAUCCUCGACCGAUCGCUCUAAUAUGAAGGAACAGCAGUUACAAAAAAGACAGAGUAUUGGAAAGUUAAGGUCUGGUAUGAGGAACCAGUCCUCAAGUGGUGGUGUGCAAGUGGUUUUGGACGAGGCUGGGUCAUGGUCGGAUCUGGCGGACAAAUCAUCACCGACACCCGUACGCUUGAAGCCGUCAGGAAUGCUCGGAUUCUUUUCGAAACGGAAAGGUCGGGCGUCCAGCCCAAAGCCGCAAGAGAGGGGCGUGCUCGGUCGUGAGGGGGCCAGAGUUGCUAUUGCAUGACAUCGAGCGUUACUGGGGAAUAGUUCCGUCAAAAGUAUCAUUGGGGCGUACAGAAACUUUUACU